AUGGGCUACCAACCCAUCAAUCCGCGCCCAGAGGCGCCAGACGUCACCCCUCCGCCUCGUCGAGGCCUCUCAAAAUACGUCUUCCUCAUCGCCGUUCUUCCAGCCGUCUUUUUCAAUCUUGCCUGGAUUUCGCUUACCUGGUUGUCAAACUCCCCAAAUACCAGCUCAGACUUUUCCAAAGCCCAACAAUGCACCCUCACAAACCUGCACAACUCAAACCUCUCCUUCCUCUCCGUCCCGCCCAUCACUGCGACGGAAUUCCUCACCCGCCGUGACCGUCUAGCCCAAGCCCUCUUCGCCACAGGAAUAGAUGCCUUCGUCCUCGAGCCGGGAUACACGUUCCAGUACUACGGCAACACAUCGCAAGUAGACUGGGAGCCCUGGGAGCCUGAAGAACGGCCGUUUCUCAUGCUCAUUAUGCCCGUCCCUAGCCCUGGGUCUGGCGGUCAGAUCGUGGCUAAGACGGCCUUCUUGGCGCCCAGUUUUGAGGAGGGGAGGGUGCGGAUGUUGGGGAUUCCCUCUAGGGAAGACGAGGGAGAGUUAGAUAUUGUCACGUGGGAGGAGCAUUGGGAUCCCUAUCGGACAUUGUUGGAGUCGAGGCUUUUUGGAGCGCAGUUUGGUGGGGAAGACGGAGCCAGAAAGCCGAAGUUAAUGAUGGAUGAGGAAAUAAGGGAUUAUAUCGCCAGGGGCCUGGCGGAGACGGGAUUCGAAACGGUGGGCUUGAAUGCAGAAGUUGAGUUGGUGAGGCAGAUCAAGAGUCCGGCUGAAGUUGAGCUGCUUAGGUCGGUGAACACGGGGACUGUGGUUGCUGUGAGGGUUAUGAGGCCGUGUUUGGUUCCUGGGCUUACUGAGGAUGAGGUGCGCGAUAUACUUGAUGGGGCGCUUUUGUCAAUUGGGUUUGGGCUUUUUUUCAACAUUGUACUGUUUGAGGAGCAUGGUGCGUUGCCUCAUGGUGGGUUCGUGACUGGAGGAAAGAAGUUGGCGGAGGAGAGCAUGGUUGUUAUUGAUGUUGGGGCACACUACCUUGGUUAUUCAUCCGACAUAUGCCGCAGUUUCUUUAUCGAUCCGCCCAAGAAGAAAGGGUCUUGCAUUCAUAAGUUCUUGAAAUCGGGGUUCGAACUGUUUGGAUUAUUGCAGGACCACGAUACUCAUGAGCAGAAGCACACUGAGCUUCACACUGAGAAGCUAAAGGUAUGGGACAUUGUCCUUGAAGCCCAGACUGCUGCUGCUAAAUCCUUCAUGCCCAACAACACGGCCGCGAGUGUCGACAUUGCCGCGAGGAAGGUCAUCGAAGACGCAGGCUACGGAUACGGAUUUACACACCGCUUAGGUCAUGGAAUUGGGAUCAAAGCCCAUGAGUCCCCCUACUUGAACAAGUUCAACACCAAGGUACUCCUUCAGCCGGGUAUGACGUUCACCAAUGAGCCAGGCAUCUACUUGGAGAACCGAUUCGGCGUGAGACAUGAGGAUAUUUACCUGGUCAAGGAAGAUGGCGAGGCGGAAUUGUUGACGGGUCGCAGAGCGAUUAGUCCGUAUGAUCCAUAG